AUGGCGACUCUGGGGCCGAAGGUGGCGCAGCUGCAGUCCAAGGCGUGCGAGGCGACGAGGUUCGCGGCCAAGCAGGGGUCCGCCUACCACAGGUCGCUCAUGGAGAGGAACAAGCAGUACGUCGUCGACCCGCCCACCGUCGAGAAGUGCCGGGAGCUCUCCAAGCAGCUCUUCUACACCCGCCUCGCCAGCCUUCCUGGCCGUUACGAGUCUUUCUGGAAAGAAGUUGAUGGCGCAAAGCUCUUGCUGACAAACAGAAAGAACCUGAAGGUUGAGGAUUUGGGGGUUGCUGCGUUGUUUGGCAUUGAGUUGUAUGCAUGGCUUUGCACCGGUGAGAUCAUAGGUAGAGGAUUUACCCUCACUGGGUACGAUGUCUGA